UUUAUUAACUGAUACAUGGUUUUAUAUUUUCGUGGUGAAAGCAAUAUUUUACUCAUUCACUAUACGCUUAUUCGUAAAGUAUUAUUUGCACUACACGAAAUAGAAUCCAUAUCUUAAUUCGCGCAGCCUUAUAUCCCCUAUGUUUAAUUAUUUCGUCCGUUUUUUCAAGCGCUUGAUGCAGCUAUGGUAGAAGACAGCUCGAACUUUAGAAGGCCAAAUGAAACCUCAAGUGAAGCUUCAAGCUCAGGUAAUUGUUUGGUUACGGUCAGACUUUGACUAUAUACAUUAGUUUGCAAUUAACGUUUCCGAUUUUAGAAGACUAUAUAUUUCUGUGCACACUUCGUAAGUACCGUGUGUGUUUUCAACAGAAUUUUUUGCAGCAUUUUGUUGAAUAUCAUUCAUAAAAGCUGGUAGUGCUUAAGCUUUAGUUUUCAACGUGGAAAACAAAUGUUCUUUUGUACGGGACUUUAAGCUGUUGCGUUAUUUCUAUGGCUCUUUAAAGAGGUAUCAAGGGAAUCGAUGAGUUGGCCUGUUCUUGAUUACAGUCCAUAGGAAUUUUUAGUCAUAAGCGUUGUAGAUAAUUUUCUCCUCAUGUAUCUAGGGUUUUAAUCAUGUUUUUUGUUGUGAUAUGUGCUUUUAAAUUACUCGCAGGUUUUCAAUCGACAGGAGACUCCUAUCCCAAAGUAUCUAUGAACGGUAUGAAUGAGUUAAUAUAAUAAUCAUCACUAUUAUUACCUCCGCCAGGAAGUUAUGUUUUUAUCUGCGUUUGUACAUAGUCUGUCAAGAUAUGGUGGUCUGGAAGCCUGGCAAACUUCAAAACCACAAAAUAGAAGACUUUUGUUUGAUGUUGAACUAUACCUCACCAUGCACAAAUCCUUUGUCUCAACUUCAUUAAAUAUUAUUCAUCGUCGUUGCACGUUUCAUCUCAGCUAUCCCUAUAUUGGACGGUAACUUCAUUAUGCGAAAAUAGAAUGAGCUCAAUGAAUCACCGUGACAGUGCACAAAUUAACAUUAAACUCCGACAAAAACAUAAUACAAUGACUCAGGCCUUAAAAUAUCGGUCGGUCACGGACAUUGUCCGACCCAUUCGUGAAAUUGUCCGACGUAGAGAGGAAACCACCGGACAUUCUGUCCGACCAAAGUGAAACUGAGGUUUAUUGUUUGUCCGACCCAAGUGAAUUGGUGUCCGACCAAACUGUAGCUUUGUCCGACGUACUAUUGUAUAAAAGGUGUACUGGAAAUGUUGUUUUAACGUAGUCCAGCGCGGGGCGGCGAGCGAAAUGGUGAAGUGGAAAACGGGCUUAAGUUGUCGAAGUCUUUUUUAACACUGCUGUUCUGGCAAGCGAGUUAAUUUUGGCUUGGAAAUAAGUAUGAAAGAAAUGAUUUAAUAUCUUUACAACAUUUACCGUUUAUUCAUUUGUGUCAUUCAGACUUAUUUCCGAGUCAAAACUGAACUGAAAGUCAUCGGACAUAUGUCCGACCCAAACUCAACGUCACCGGACAUUUUGUCAGACGGCCCCGUAAAAGAUAUUUUAAGGCCUGAUUGCUGCUGUUCAGUUUCCAGACCAUAUCAUGAUAGACUAUGGUUUGUAUUUAUAUUUCACUGUAUUUUUUUAUUUGGGCCUCCUUUUAACUUGGGCCUCAUGGCAAAUUUCCCUCAACCUCUAUGGGCGGCCUUGACAGCACCUGCAGUUACGACUAUCUAUGACAGCAUACAGUAUAUAGGUUCAUAAUAACAUGCUUGCAGGAAAGAAAUAUUUUCGUCUUGGCGAAUGAAAGGCGACUUAAGCGUGCCAAACCUCUAGAGAAGUUCCAGGGACAAAAUAUUUCCCACUCAAAGUCAUCGAACAUUUUGUCAGACGAUUUUCUGACGGAUAUAUUUUAAGGCCUGAUCAUUACUUGCACUUUUCAAUUGUAUUGAAUUGAAUUCUUGUAAUUGUGUAAAUGUAAUUUAGCUCUUUCACAUUCUGCACGAACCUUUGUAGAACUGAAAAUAAUGCCAGUGCAGUAUAAAUAGAGUUAGCAACAUGAGUUAAAAUAGAGCAUAAAUAGAGUUAGCAACACUGGACCAAUAAGAGAUGAUCGUUACUGGAUCUCUAGGAAGAACAGUUUGGAACUGAUAGAACUAUCCAGAAUAAAUAAAGUUAGUUUAGUUUAGGUUUCCUCCUGUAGUAACACUGGAUCGAUAAGAGAUGAUCUUUACUGGACCUCCAGCGAGAACAGUUUUAUUUGGAACAAAUAGAGCUAUCCAUGCAGUAUAAAUAAAUAUAUUAGUUUAGCUUAGGUUUCCGCCCGUAGUAACACUGGAGCAAUCGGGGAUCUUACCAGACCUUUAGAGAGAACAGUUUAGAACUGGUAAAGAUAUCCUAAAUAAAUAAAUUUAGCCUAGUUUACUGUAGUUUAUCUAAUGGUCUUACUUACGACUUUUGUCUAACAUGCCUGAUGGGUUGCAUAUGGUGGGUAUAUACACGGGUGGUCUUAUAUUUGGAAGUUUACGGUAUCAGUGUUUUCUUUUUUCAAACAGAAAUAACGGAUUUCGAUGAUGAAGUCUGUGAACGACACGUACCGUGGUUGGCGCGACAUCUAAGCAAGGAUGUGGAAAAAGUUGCAAUGCUGUUAGAAGUUGACUCGGUUGAAAUCGAAGCUAUUAAAGAAGGCGAACCCCAGCCAGAAAGACGAAACAUUAAAAUCCUUAACUCGUGGAGAAAUGCAGAAAUGAAGCUUGGAAAGAAACCAACGUGGGAAAAAAUUUGUUUAUGCUUGGAAGAUGAAACCGUUGGACGAUGUGAUGUCAUUCGUGCUCUUUUGAAAGAAGACGAGUUGGAUGACCGUGUUUUGGUGUGGCUUGCACCCCGCAUUGCGGCGUCGUUUCGAAACUACGCUCGCGUUCUUGGCGUGCCAGAAUGUGAAAUAGAUAUGUCAAAUCAGAAUUUUGAAGGUGUUGGAAGGAGCUGUAUGGAUGUUUUGCAAAGAUGGCGACGAAGGACAAGGUAUCCUAAAGUUGAAGACUUGAUACAAGCUUUAGAACAUGAUAUUAUAAACAGACCUGAUCUAGCCGAAGAAAUGAAAGAGAAGUUUUGUAAUCACGAAGUCAAAGUAAGUGAUAAAGAUGGGAAUGUCCUGUGGUGUAUUGAUUUGAAUGAAAUACUCUGUGUAAGUGUCAAGACUGCCAUAAACUAGCUUUGCUUAGACUGGGUAAAUCUAGUUCUAGCUGUUCUAGUUAUACACAUAGAGGUCCAGUAAGAAUCGUCCCUUAUUGAUCCAGUAUGACUAUAGGAGAAAGCCAGAAUAUCUAGGGAAACCAGCGGUAUUUGGUCGAGUCCGUUCUGCUUGUAACUACUCACAAUGAAGAAAUAUUUUUUAUUUAAGGAUGAGGUCCUGAGCCAGUUGGACAACCUGUCAAUAUGAGCAAGCCAAAGUUGAAGAUUUUGAUACAAGCUAAAGAACAUGAUGUUACAAUAAAACCCUCAUAGCUUUAAAGUGCAUAUAGGGUUGGUAUGGUGCAUAUACUGUCAUUUUUUAGAUCAUUUAUGCACAAUUUAUAUAAAUCAUAUACCAUACCUCCCUAAAAUGAGGCGCUUUUCUCUUAAGAAAAUGCGAACCUAUUUAAGAACCUGUUUAGCCUAAUUUCCUGGUAAGCAC